UAGCAAGACAACCUCGUUUCUUCAACCUCGUUUCUUCUGAGUCAGUUCCUCAUGCUUCGCUUACUUUAUAUCUCUCUCUCUUUAACUUUUCAAUCACUCAAAUCGUGUUUCUCGUCUCGCCAUGCUCGUUUUCUUGAAACCCAAACCCUACCCUUUUAUCUCUCGCCAUUUCUGUGACCAUUUCUUUUCAUUUCAAGCUUCAAGGUUUACCUCACUCUGCCGUUCGUUUCCUUCUACAACUCUCUCUGCGUUUCAUCUUUUGAUCUCUUUUCUUCUUAUUCUGCCCAUAAAUUGACCAUCUUUUGCGUACCCACAUGCAGAUUUUGUGCCUGUCAUUAUCUAAUUUUACUUUGGAUGUGUCAUAGGGUAUUGCACCUGGUCAUUUUAUGGAGUUUUUUCUUCGUCAUCAUAUCUAUAGAAUUCCUGUGGUAAUUGGCUAAAGCUGGGAUUGCAGGGUUUGUGGUUAGAUAUUAAUUAAGAGAGUUUAGUUUGAGAUCCACAUGCAAAGUUGCAGUCUCCCAAGUGAAUGAUGUCUCAGCACCAAAACCAAAACCAAAACCUACCACUGGUUCCGAAAUCUGAAGCUGGUGUAAAGCCCUUCGCGAUAAGGCAGUAUGUUCUUGCCUGUCGUGACAGAAAUAUCUCUCAAAACUGGCCUUACGAAGAGAAGCACUUGCAGUUGUGUCUUAAAAGUGGUGUCAUGGAGAAAGAGCUGUUGCCACCACUUGAACCAGGCAAAGCUUCACAUGAUGAACCACUCAAUGGUUUCUCCAAAAUGCAUCCUCCAAAUGAUAACAACAGCAAAGAAACUGAUUCUUGCAUUGCUGAAGUGCCACAAGAGUGUAACUACAAAGUCAGCAACCACCAACCUUCAUCACAGGAAGAGGCUGCAAAAUUUUCUCAGCCAGAAGAGACAUGUUCUCUCUCAGGUUCUACUAAUUUACAUAAUAACAGUCCGCCAUUAAAAACAGUGAAAUGUAAACGCAGAAGGCGGAAAGGGAAAUGUAAGAAGCGUUUCAUGGUGGAUAUUUUAACCAUGGCACAGCACAGUACUUUAGAGGAGAUUGAUGGGAUGAACAAGUUUUUUUAUGCUCAAACUGUGGUUGAGGGAUGUCAUGAACAAGCGGUGGAUGAAGAUUCAUGCAGAAAAGGUGGUAAUGAAGAUCAUGGUAUGGCUAAUGGUGAUGUCACACCAAAGGAGCUAUUGCUUCUUAAGUUUAAGCUCAAUGGAUGUAAUGUAAUUGGGAAUUCAGCAUAACAUAAUGGAUUCUGUUCAAUUUUAUUCUAUAAAAUUAUUAUUGUUCACUGAAGAAUUUCCUCUGACAUUGUCAGGUUAAACAAUGAAGGAUGCAGUACU